GUGUGUAUUUGUGUGUGUGUUACUCCAGUCUGUGUGGACAACAGGUGCACCACCGCUCCGGUGAUAAUGCCUACAGAGCGCAUGUAUUCGCUCUGCGCAGGGCUUUUCAAUUUACACUCGCUGCUUUUUAUGUCUUGAUUUCCUUCAUUAUUUCUGACCGCAAAGAUGCCUUUUCCGCCAAUCAGCCUCCAACAGCGGAUCUCCUCUCCUGGCAGGGAACUAUUUGGGAAAAAGAAGGCCAACGCAGACCACUCUCAGGCUGUACAAACCGGCAAAUCUGGAUCCGAAAAGGGAAAACAGCCCAGUUCCUGGGCAUCGGCAAACCUGCGGAAUCUGGGGCGAAGAUCGCAGCCGGAGAAGAAUAAAAGCCAAGCUCAGAAGCCCAGUUCGGGGCAAGAGACUCAGGGAAAGUCCUCCUGGCUGUCGGUGCCCAAACCGCAGGAUCCAUCCUUGGGAAUAAGGCGCUCCAGCUCAAUGGACUCCGCCAGACAUCUCAGUGGGAAAGAGGAAACAAAGAAGGAGAUCCAGUUCUCGCUCAGCCUCACUCCUGAAGCCAUUCUAGUUAUUAAAAAGCGGAACCUGGAGAAGCAGAUGAUGGCCAAGCAGCAGAAGUGCUGCGCCUCCGCGGACUUUCGGCACCGGCGAGUUUUUCCGUCCAAAAAGGCGCACGGAGCGUCCAAGUGCUGCGCUCCGGGCGGCAAGACGGACAGCGCCGAACAGCAGGACAUUACCGCCAUUGUUAAAAUAUCUCUGCUGAACGAUCAAUACAAGUACGAUGAUGUGGAGUACGAGGAUGAGGACGGGGAUGUGGAUGAGACCGUUGUGAGGAAAUGCAAAGAGUGGCUGAAAGGAGUGGAAAACGCAGCUGCUUUGGUGAAAGCAGACAAACUUUCAGCACUUCCGCACCUCAAAGGCUGCUGACACCUGACUUCAAAUCUUUAUUAUUAUUAUUAAGUUGGAAGAAAGACAUGACGGACUAAUUCGUUUUAUUUGCAAGACUUCAGACAAGUGAAGGAGAUCUACUCUAAGAGAAUGUCAAGAUUUAAAAAGAUGUCACUAAGUCUAAAAUGCCAAAUGCAGGCUAAAAGACUACUUUUAGAUAAGAAACAUUCAAUAAUACAGUUCAGGUUUAUAAGAGUCAUGUUCUUUUUUCUUUCUUUUUUUUUAAUCAUCUUUGUUCAAAUUCAGAUGCCAUUUUGCUCUCACUUUCUUCUCAGUUUCUCUUUGCACACGGAUUUAUUUAUUUUUUUCCAGUGGGCGUCUGUGGAUUGGCUGAGGUCAGUGGAGGCAGCCAAAGCUCUCUUCUCCUUUUGUUAGAGAACAAUAAACUGCUGGAGAACAUCAGCGACUCAUGCACAGACUGACUGAAACCCAGCACGGAUUCUUUGGUUUUUAUCUUCUGCUAAUUGGGUUGAAUUGAUCAAUCAGUGAUGUGGUGAAUUCAGGACAAAAUGUAUAAUCUGAGCAUCAAAACAAAACCCUUUUGUCGAUAAAAUCUAUUUUCUAAAUUAGUACCUUUUUUGUCCCAUUUUGCCAAAUGACAUGGUAAAUUGAGACAUUCUUAAUGAAAUAUAUCACUGUUGUCAACACAUAAGAUCUGAUAUAAAGAUUUUAAUUAACAUGUUUUUGAACGCAGUAAAAGUUUAUUAUGUGAGUUGUUGUGGUAGGUAGAGAAAAGAAAGUGCAAGGAGAGCAACAAUAACUAGAAAAUUGUGAAGAACUAAUUUAUUCCUCACAAGAAUGGAUCAUAUUUUCAGAUGAAUUUAUUUAUUUUAACAAAAUGUACAUUCAUCUAAAGUUAUGAAAAAAGAAUCAAGCUGUUGGUAAUUAUGUCAGCUUUUUACAGAGCUUGUAAAACUUUGACCAUUUUAGUGACAGACCAACGCAAAUAUACAUGGUUUACUAUUUUUCUUUAUCAAACCGAUGAGCAUCCAUAAUAAGUACCACAAUUACAGCUAAAUUGUGCCGAUUUGCUAAACGUGUCAAACAUAGUUUUGUCUCAGUUAUGAUAAAGCAGAGAGCCAACGCUUUCAUAAAAUAACAAACUUAACUUUUCUCACCUAAACUGAAGAACCCAAAGCUAUGAAACACAUUAGGUUAAUUGUUACAUUUGAUUACAAAAAGAAACGCCCCGAUUUACCUGAAUUCACCCUUAUCACAAAAUGUUGAUACGAUCAAAUAUUUUAUCAGCUGAAAUUUCUUAUUCAUUUUGAAGUAAAAAAAAGUUCUUAUAUGAACUGGCCAUAUUAAAUUGCUUAGAUUUAUUAGUUUCUUCUUGUGUAUUGUACUCCUGCUGAUUUGUGGUCUUUAGGUCUCUUCUUGUUGCUGCUUCCCAGACAGCAUUUUCAUAAAGGCUCUUUGUUUCUGCUGCGCAGCUACCUGGGGCCAUUUGGGCAUUAGCGUUUUAAGCUUCUUAGAUUUCCUGUUAAGCAGGGUUGACCAAUGAGUGCUGCAUGCGUGCCCAGGUACAUCAUUCCUGCAGGAAAUUACCUCCAAAAUAUGUUGAUACAUCAAACUAAAUAUGCCACUAAUGUUUGUACAAGAAUGACACUUUAUUUCCCGUAUCUCUUUUUUAGAGUUAGGUAUGUUGCAUAAAUAACGUUUGAUGUUCUCUAUUGUUUUCUGCAAUAACUAUGUUUUUACCCUGGAAAUGUGUUGCUCAGGGAAAAACAGCUGAUCGGGAAACAAAAUACAGUCAAUGUCACAGUGGAAGAGAAAUAAAGUUAUAGAAGGAC